AUGGCGCGCCUGAGUGCUCAAGGCGUUGCGUCUGCAGAGGUUCAGCAAUCCCCGGCGCAGUCGCUCAAUACCACCUCUGAAACCACCAACGAUGAAGCGGUUCCGCCCUUCUUCAACACGACUUUCUCAACUCAUCGUGUCUCCCCCAUGCACAUUGGGAAAUCACGUCUCACCAGUCAGCGGCUUCAGGUUAUCGCCAACCGUCUUCGUGAUACCCUUGUUGGCGAUGUGGUUCGUGGCAUUCAACUCAGUUUGGAGGCAGCAGAUACAUCUUUCGGUCAAGUUGGUACUCUCAAGGGUGUCCGAAUCGAAUGGUUUCGUGCCAGUACGUUUUUGGGUGAAGACGCUCCUGAUCUCGACCUCGAAGCUCCACGCGGCAACCAGAGCGACCUUCCAGACGACCAGAAACAAGGGCUCUGGAUAAGUAUAGAGCAUGAGAAUGCUGCUUAUGCUGCGAUUCUUCUACCUGGGCUAUCAGACUCUUCAGAGACGCGGCAAAUCGAUGAUCCAAGCAGGUUUCUACAUCUGCCAUUAUUGUUAAUGCGCAUGCCUCAGCAACUCAAGACCGUUGUGGCUAACUGGCUUGCUGCUUCUUUCGACUGUCGCGUCAGUCGGAUAACAAUGGGAACCAAGACUAUUCUCGGAGUAUGGGAAAGCUGGAUCGAAAACGAAGGGCUCAACGACCGAGGUAUUGACUUUACCAUAACACUUGCAUUCAAUGUGUCGUUUCAGACCAGCGAGGACCCAACAGCUAUCGACAACCCCCAAACUCAAGAAGAAACCAGGCCUAACCCAGGGCUUCGAUCUGUUGAUAUCACCAUAUCUGCACAGGACCUUCGCCGCUUUGUGCGCGCUGGUGAGAAGAGCCACAUCCCAAUCGAUGCUUCUUGGCAAGGAGACGCCCGUGAGCGCCGUAGGCUUGCUGGAGGUAACACAGACGACGGCUGGGCUUGGCGUACAAAGGGUCGUUCUGAGGCAUCUCCCUUUACUGAAGCAUUGGGACUCUAUCUACAUCACCAUCUUGCACUGGAUCUUUUCCAUCCCGGCGUACAUGUUACUCAGAUCUCCUGCGCUGGAUUCGUGCUCGGUCAGAGUCGCCUAAAGAUCAUAAUGCCUGGCGAGAUCAACCAGAGCCUCUCCCGCGCUGCGUGGUCCUUUGUGGCGCAACUUGGACAAAGGGUUCAGGGUGAGCAGUUGCCGCAGGUAUUUGCCAAUCAACCCGGAGUCUGA